AUGUUUAUCGCAGUCCCCUAUGCACCACCUCAGUACACUCCAUCAAACAGUUUGUGCCAGUUGGCCACUAUCAGGCUGAACGAGGUAUUGAGGUCUGCCAACCAACUUUUAGUCCUUCCAAAUGUUCGUCUUGCACUAACAAAUCCAUCAACCCCGACACACAACAACGGUCUCGACAACGAAGGGUAUGACUUGAUUACAUACGCAGACUCUUCUAUCGGGUCUGCUCACUCGAAAGAAGGGAAUGCGUGUGCUUAUAUCAAAGACUCGUCGUACAGAAUAAUCUCGUCGUUAGGGAAAGGCACGUUCGGCCAAGUCUUCAAGUGCGAGAACACAAAAAGCCACGAGAUCGUCGCGAUUAAAGUGCUGAAAAACAAACCGUGUUAUUUCCGACAGGGGAUGCUUGAAAUCGCGAUGCUUAACACCGUCAACUUACAUAAUGAAAACAACGACAAAUCAAUUGUUCGUAUUUUGGACCAUUUCUUGUACAACAGGCACGUAUGUGUCGUGUUUGAGUUGUUAGGGUUAAACCUCUACGAUGUCCUUAGGAUUAACAAGAACAAGGGGAUGGGGUACUCCUUUGCACAAACGAUUGGAAGUCAAAUUCCAAGGGCACUUUUGGAGCUCCGAAGAGAGGGGGUUAUCCACUGCGACUUGAAACCAGAAAAUGUAUUAUUAGUCGAUAACAAAACAACAAUCAAAGUGAUCGAUUUUGGAAGUUCAUGUUUUGAGGGAAACACAUUGUACACUUACAUACAGUCGAGACACUACAGAGCGCCGGAAAUCAUUUUGGGGCUACCAUAUACGUGUGCGAUCGACAUGUGGAGCUUUGGGUGUAUCAUAGCAGAGAUGAUGAUAGGGAUUCCAAUAUUUCCUGGAGAGAGUGAGUACAAUCAGUUAGUUAAAAUCAUCGAGAUGGUUGGCAUGCCAAGUACCAAGGUGCUUGAGAUGGGCUCGAAGACACAAAAGUUUUUCAAGCGAGUUCAGAACAGUUUUACAGGAGAAGUGAGUUACGUCUUAUACACACCACAAGAGUUUUGUGAUUUGAAUGGGGUCAAAUACAUCGAGAAUAAAAGAUAUCAUCGGUUCAGAAAUUUGGAAGAGCUUUGUGUGGGAGUGAAUAUGCACAGGGGGGGUGUGAAGAAAUCAAACGACGACGCAAAUAGAAGAGUGUUGUUAGACUUUUUGAAGAAAAUAUUUGUGAUGGACCCGGAGCAAAGAAUGACCCCAGAAGAAGCGUUGGUGCAUCCUUUCAUGCCAUCAGAAAUCCGUACAGAAUAUCAAAAUUUGAGUUAUCAACACUUCAGUAGUUAUGAGAUGAAGAACAGCAGAGAAGAUAAUAGCAUAGGAGCUGUUGUACAAAAGAUGUUCCAAGGCACAAUGUCACUGCAAUUCCUUCGCAACCAAAAUUUCAGUGUUGAGAAGUAUUACCAAAACUACAUUAAGGCGCUCGAUAUGGGAAUUGUACUCAACGUUUUACAUAUAAAUCCUUUUCAUUUCAAUCCGUUCAGAGUCGGUCUCGAGACAAAGAGAAUCUCCGAAGACGUCUCCGAGGAUCUUGGGUUGAAUGCAGACGACGAACUUCCUCCAAUUUUGCCAUUAAACGAAAUGCCAUUGAGAAGCAGAAGUAGGAGUCUUGGCUUUUUCAAGAUGGAAGAAGAGCCACUGGGCGCAAAUGAAGAUGAGUUGCCUUCUAUCGGGCUCACACCAUCACAACAAAUCACGAGGAAAAUGGUCAUGACGCCAACCCGAGGCGGAAUCGGUCAAUUAAGACCACCCACUGCUUGUCCAAGAUCGUCGUUUAAUUCAGUCUUGUCGUCGCCGAAAGGGAAUCCACGAGUAAUAACCAUGUUUUAA